AUGUCCUCCCAAUUCUUGCAGACUGAGAUUGCAAACCUGAUCCAGGAGUCUCGAAGGAAAAACACUGAUCUCCGGAAUGCCGCCGAACAGUCGCUGAAUGAGCUCAAGGCUUUGCCAUCGACAUCCGAGGCUCAGAUUGCAGCGGAUCUUGUUCGCAAACCUAAAUUUGUCGAGCCAUUUAUUAUUGCAUGCCAUACUAAGCACGCAAAGCUUGCAGGCAUUGGUGUUAUCUGCCUACAGAGACUGAUUGCAUCUCGUUCAUUGCCUUCAAGUCGCCUCAAAGAUGUCCUCGGAGGGCUGAGAGAGACAACGAGCCUAAGCCUGGAUAUUCAGUUGAAGAUCCUACAGUCUCUGCCUUCUCUCUUACAGUACUAUUCCAAUGAGUUGAGCGGAGAACUUCUCGCAAAUACAUUGGAAAUUUGUGCCACAUUGCAAGCAUGCAAGGUUAUUGCAGUGUCCAGUACUGCUGCGGCCACCCUUCAGCAACUAGUGGUCUCAACGUUUGAAAGAGUCUCCAUCGAAGACAAGCUUCCGAACGAUGAAAAGAUCACCACAUCCAUCAAGGUAGAUGGCCAAUCGAUCGAUGUCGGUAUUUUCGCCUAUGAUGCAUUACAGGUUUUGGAUGACCUCUGCCGAUUGAUUGAUGGAGAGCAAUUGCAGUUCUUGCGCACCCGAACGCUAUCCCCGCCCUUUGUACUGGAGCUCAUUGAAAGCAUUCUUCUGAACAGUGGUCGCCUAUUUGUGGGACAUCCCGAACUUUCGCAAGUGCUGCGUGUUCGGCUAUUGCCGUUGGCUGUCCGUUGUUUAUCCGAGAGAUAUUCGUUUGCGCAAACUGUUCGAGUGGCCAGGAUACUUCUACUACUUCUCAAGCGCCACAUGUCGCUUUUGACCGCCGAAUGUGAGAUGGCUUUGAGUCUGAUCACCCAUCUUCUUGAACCGGAUGGAACGGCCCCCUGGAAGCGGCUAUUGUGUAUGGAGGUCUUCAGAGGACUGUACUCUGAGCCAGGUGUCGUACGACUUAUCUACACACUCUACGACGGAGAAGAGGGAAGAAAGAAUAUUCUACGCGAUCAUAUGGCCGCGCUCGUCCGGCUUGCUUCAGAGAAACCCGCAUUGAUUGGAGUCAGCAACCAAUCAACAGUACCUUCGCGUGCAGAUCACACUAGAUCAACCACCGAGGAUCAAAUAACUCUGGAAACUGGCGGAGUUGCCGGUGUCAUCGGGUCAACUGUCCCUCCCAGCGAGACAAAGGUUCCUGGGAUCAGCACACAGUGGAGUGUUGUUCGGACGCCGUAUAUUGAGCUUCUUGAUAAGAUGGACCCACCUCCACCCCCGGACACUUACAUCUACAGUCUCGUUCUGAACUGCAUUAGCAGUUUUGCAGAAGGGCUCGCUAAGUUCGUCCUUCCCCUGACAGUCCCGGAUCUGAAGCAAAGGCGCAAGAAUCGACUUCUGAGCCCUACCGAAGGCCCUAAUUCCGCCAGAUCUUCGCAAGACUUCACAACAGGAGAAAGCUUACGAGCACAUACUGUCUCACCUACUAAGAAAUCGCAUGUGCCCAUCAAUCCUUUGGACUUAGAGUCUCAUAUUCAAUACUCUGCAAUCAAGACUUGCGCAGGGAUCAUAGAGAACUGCUGGCCGGCUGUCCUCGCAGCAUGUUCUACUUUCUUGCGCGCAUCACUAGACGACGAGUACUACCACAAUCUCGUCCGCGCGUUCCAGAAGCUGGCUCAUGUGGCAGGCCUUAUGAGACUAUCAGUACCGCGAGAUGCCUUUUUAACUACUCUCGGAAAAGCUGCGAUGCCUGCAAAUGGUGGUGGCCACAAGUCACAAAAUUCAAUUUCUACCGGCUCCCAGCAGAUUGACUCGCCUCAAAAGAAACGAAAAAGCGUUGAUAUGGCACGCUCUGGCUCCAUUGAUGUCACUGGAGCAGGUGUCAGCGAUGGUCGUCCUGCAUCCCUGAGCACACGAAACCUCCUUUGCCUGCGGGCAUUGCUGAAUCUCGGAAUUGCUUUAGGACCAACCUUGGAUCAGCCGGCCUGGUCUAUUGUUUUUGAGACACUGCAAUACACAGGACUUGUGAUUGGGAUGUCUUCCAGUGCAAUGGUCAAAUCAGCUAGUGCUGGGGAGACCCUGAUCGUCCCAGGAAACGAUGUUCCCACCGCUAACCUAGGGACUGAGGUAAUUGCGGUACAGGCUGCUUCUAGCAAGCUGCUUGAAAGCACCUGCGAUUUUCCUAGUGCAUCCUUUGAGGAGAUCUUGCUUGCUCUGUUGAACCUGUCGGCAUUCACUGAACAGCGCCACCAAGAAGAUACCGCAACAGAAGUCACACAAAUUCCCAGCUCGCCGCAGUCAUCCAAGGGACUUGGGCGUCUGCACCAAGGCUCUCGGCGUGUGUCGCACACCGUGGGAAAAUCAAGAAUGCAAGACGAGGAAUUGAAGUUCGUGUUGGAGAAAGGAAAUGAAUUAGCCAGAGCAAAUCUCUCAAGAUUAUCCUCGCUUGAUGAAGAUGAUAACAAAGCAUGGCGGCUUCUGACGCAAAGUCUCAUCUCCGCAUCUGCCAAUACCGUCAUCAGUCCUAAUCUGCGCCUACAGGCAAACGCGAUUGUGACUUCGCUUGUCUAUUUGACCAUGAAACAGAGAGAGGAAGACGACGAGAAAGUAUACAAUCAGGUUCAAACGAGGAAUUUGCAGACAUUGAAGGACCAAGUGACCUCGCUCUACUCCUCAGACAUGCACACAUCGAAGUCUUUGCCAAUAACGAUCAUUGAGAUCCAUGAGCAGAGCUUGGAAGUGUUGAGAAACAUCCUGGAGCAGUAUGCUGAGACUUUAGUGGAUGGAUGGCAUUUGAUCUUCGACUUGAUCUCUGGUGUCUUCCAAAAUCUUCCACAGUCUGAAGCUGAUGAGCAACCUUCUACUCGAAUAGAGCGCAGGGCAUCAGGCCUUCCAGCCGGUCCUCGCCUAGUCCGAGCUGCCUACAAGUCUUUGCAUCUCGUUGCCUCUGAUUUCCUUUCUCUGCUUCCGGCGCCGUGUCUCUACAGCUUGGUAAACGCAUUCUCCAGCUUUGCGUCACAGACUCAGGACUUUAAUAUCUCGCUCACCACUACCUCUUUCUUCUGGAACUUCUCAGAUUUCCUGCAGGGCCAGAUUGAGGAGUUCUCUAUUGGUCAUGUUGAUGCGUCUGUCAAUGAAGAACAGCUGGCCAAGUUGGCCCGGGAUGAGGAUCCUGCGGUCUCUCGGAACUCCUUGUGGUUGUUGUUGCUGCUUCGCAUUGUUGAUAUCACCACAGACAGUCGACCAGAGAUCCGAAACAGCGCAGUGCACACCCUAUUGCGGAUCUUCGAUGCCUACGGACAGCAACUCUUACCUAAAGCUUGGCGUCUCUGCUUAAACAUGGUUCUUUUCAAGAUGGUUGAGAGAAUCGAGACCGCCGUAAUCCAGGCCAAGAAUAAGCAGAGCAGCAUGAAGUCAGAUGACUUCAAGUCAUGGGUCGACACGACAGUUGUAAUGAUCAAAGGAUCAUCCAGUCUGAUCACCAACUUCUUUGAAACGCUCGUGCAGGACGAGAAGUUUGACCAGUCCUGGAAACGCUUCCUGAAGUACUUGCAAGGCUUAGUUGACUUGCAAAUUCUGGAGUUCAGCGAAGCUACAUUCUCUGGCUUAUCAGCAAUCCUACUUCGGGUGCAAACUGCUGGCGAGCUGAGCAACGAUGCUCUCGAGUGUGCAUGGCUUCUUUGGGCAAACGGCCAUCCGGCUGCCAACGAAGAUGUGCUUGAUCUGGAACAAUCCAAUCAAGAUGCUGCGCUGGCGUAUCUUCAGACUUUCCAACAGAUUUACCGCCUCUAUAGAGAUCAACUUACCACUGAACACAUUCAGAAGGUACUUGAGCAAUUCCGCCUGCUGGUGUGGAACUCGAUCUCACCUCGCUACACGUUGGAUAUCGACCGUCCUUCAGCCGUGCAAGCGCUAGUCAUCGAGUGCAUCAAGAAGAUAUGCCAAGAGAAAGAGGACUCCCAGCCAGACAUUCUCCUUUGCCUUGCCGAGCUAUCCGAUUCACCACUUUCAAAAUGGAGCCCGGGCAACGACCCCAGAAAACCAGCCUAUGUAGCCUUCUCCAAGAAUAUCAUCGACCUAAUGGGCUGGUACAUCGCUGAAUUUGGCAUCAAACAAGACGUCUUCACAAACGGAGCCCUUGCAACAACACUUCAGCAUCUCAGCGCUCUGAUCAGCCAAAAGUACACCUGGCAAGGAAAAGACCGUGAGCCCUACAUCUGGCAAAAGGCAACAACAGCCUCUCUCAAUAUCCUCCAAGUGGCAGUACCCUAUGUGGAAAAGCAAUACAACUCCACCAACCAAGCCGAAACAGCCGACUUCUGGCACCGCAUCGUCGAAAUCACAAAUGGAAUCGUCUCAGCCUACGGCUCCCAAGCCCACAACCUCCAAAAAACCAGAAUAGCAACAGACGAAUCCUUCGACAUAACCUCUUUCACAAGACUCAAACCCCUCAUCCUCCCCUCCCUCGGCAACAAAUCAAUCAAAGACUCCAUCCGCCGCGACUUCGCCCUCGCCCUCUUCAACUCAUCCUUCAUCUACGCGCCCCUCCGCUUCGACCUCCCAACCCAAUUCACCUCAAAGGACCACAGAACCGGUUCCCAACCCGGGAACCCCCUAGCGGAUUUCUACACCGUCCGCCCAGGCCGAACCUUCGAGUCCCUCCCAACCCUCCGCCCAAACAUGGCCUACAGUCUCCUCAACACACUCUUCGAACUAGCCGCGCAUCCACGCCAAGCCCCGAACACAGAACUAGAAUCAGAAGCAGAAGCUGAGACCCUGCUCGCACGCGCCAUCUCUCCAUACCUCCUCCUCCGCUGCGCAGUCUCCCUCAAAUCAUACAUCGCAGACCAGCCAUUACGAGGUCUAAUGCCGCAGCCUACGCCCGCGCGUAAGGCCCUGCUGCAUCUUUUGGUCAAGUUGGUCGAGCUGGACAGCGAGCCUUCUGCUAUUCCUGAUCCACCUGCGCUGAGGACAAUAUCUAGUUUGGAGGCGGGGGGUCAUUAUCGGAAGCAUUUGGAGUGGGUCUAUCCGCUUGUUAUUAGGGCUGUGCAGGUUGCCGGGAAGGAGAGGGAUGAUGGGUUGGUUUUGGGGGCUUUGGGGAGGAUUUUGGAGGGGGUUCAGGGGUAG